AUGUUGAACUCUCGAUCACUGUCGCUGCCACUGCAUCGUGCUUUAUUUCAUACGUCUACUGGUCGUUUCGCUCUUCAAACAGUGAAUGUUCCAUCCAUGGGUGAUUCCAUUAGUGAAGGAACACUUGUGGAGAUUGUUAAAAAGACAGGAGAUCCUGUAAAUGCCGACGACGUCGUGCUCGUACUUGAGACCGAUAAGGUGAGCGUGGAUGUGACAAGUCCAGUAGCUGGAACUAUCAUAGAGGUUUAUGCUCAAUUGGAAGAGAAUGUAGAAGUGGGAAAACCAUUAUUCACACUGGAUGAUACGCUCAUUCAAAGCGAUUCAAGCAACAAAUCUGUACACCAACAUACGACGUCUCAAUCGUCAAAGUCAGCAGCAGCAACAGGUGCUGUUGCUGUUGCUGCUGAUGUGGUAACAGCUGGACGUCGUACGCCGCUUAUCGAGUUUUUGGGGAAGCGUUCACUGCUGCCUAUGAAGCCAUCGUCGCCGUCAAAACCUUUGGACGUGAAUCUACCGUCGCCUGUGCGUACGAUACCCGUCCAGUCGUCAAGUGGUCAUGUCCUGCCGUUUACCAGUGCAAAGCGUUUGCCGCUGUCGCCUGCAGAAGUGGAAUCGAUCAAUUCGGGUCUUGCUUUUCUGUAA